AUGAGACUUGCCAUGUCUGCUUCUUCAAAGAGCAUCAUCUGUUACAGUGAAGAAGAUACUGAACUUAGAAGAGGGCCAUGGAGUAUUGAAGAGGAUGAUCUUCUUGGGAAUUACAUUGCCAAUCAUGGAGAAGGGAGAUGGAAUUUGCUUGCUAUACGUGCAGGCUUAAGGAGAACAGGAAAGAGUUGCAGAUUAAGGUGGCUAAAUUAUCUAAAGCCAGAUGUUAAACGAGGCAAUUUAACCUCAGAGGAGCAGCUUUUGAUUUUUGAACUCCACUCAAGGUGGGGUAACAGGUGGUCAAAAAUUGCACAACAGCUGCCAGGCAGAACAGACAAUGAAAUAAAGAACUAUUGGAGAACAAGGAUUCAGAAACAAGCAAGAUAUAUGAAAUCUGAGACACAGAGAACAACAGGAUUUGUAGAAUUUUUCAAGGCUCUACAGAUGACAAGAUGUCUUCAUAAAGCACAAGAAUCAUCUCCUUCAGCCAUGUCACUCCAAGACCAAGAAAUUCAUAUGCCUUCUAAUGGUGGUUUUCAUUAUUCAUCAUUUGGGAUUGAGGCAACACCAGAAACACAAAUCACUAGCCAGCGAGGUGUCAACCAUUUGAAUCAGCAUGAGCAGAACUCAGACUCUGAGCACAACAAUGGUUCAAGCAUUUCCAAUUCAGAAUCAGUAAAUAUCCAAUAUAUGACUCAGCCUUUGGGGUGCACUACAAAUCAAUUCCAGGCCUUAGACAACUAUGACUUUGGCAUCUGUUCAUAUGAUGGCUACAACAUAGACAACAGUGCCUAUGACAUGGAUUCAUUCAACCUGGCAGCCACAGUGGAUGCUCAGAAUCUGGAACUACCAGUGAUUGGUUGCCAAAUAUCAGAAACCAACUCGCUAAAUAUGGAAUCUGAAUGUAGCACAAGGAGCAAUGAUGAAUUAUGGCAAUUUAUGAACAUAUAAAGAAGAAUAUUUAGAUUUUAGAGCACUCUUUCAAAACCCCUCACAAACUUUCUUUCAUAUGCAGUGCUAGCUAUUAGAUAGAUAAUCAAUAUAAAUGUAAAGACUAAUUGUUUUAUAAUUUAAAUUCUCUGAAGUGAAUACUGUGAUUAGUGCAUUGUUGGAAAGUUGAAAGGGCGUAGAU